AUGGCUCUUUCUGAAAGCUACGCAGAUAAUGUUCGCAGUUGGGUACGUUAAAUUUUUUUCUAUACAAUUCAAUCUAUCAUUUUUUUAAACACUGUUAUUCUUUUUUUCAAGGUCUCCGAGUAUCACAAAUGGGCGAAAGCUUGUCAGGAAAUGUCAGCGGGAAUCAAUCCCAGCUCGCCGAUGAACGUUCGUUUUUUAUUUUGCUUGUUGCUGAAUUAAUAUUUUAACGUUUACCUAUUUAUCUAAAUUUUUUUUUCAGAACUUUCGUGCCAGAGCGACUGGCGUCGACUUUCUGAGAAACUUACCACCUACCGAGACGGCUCUCAACGCUCCGGCUGUUGAUUUUCGGUUGGGCAAAAUUUUAUUCGUUCGUUUCAAAAAACAAUUGCAUUCCGACCAAGCUUUUGAACCUUCUGAGAAUAAAGUGAAGCAGUAAUUUUUCGAAAAGUUGAGUUUUUUACAGCGCAAAGUUUUCAACUAGAGAACAGCGAAAAACCCAAAAAUUAACUCUGAUUCACGGCUAGCUUGGGACGCUUAGGGGCGUUUCCUGUCUGCGCUCUCUACCAGCCAGGCACUAUCUCGUGCAUUAUCGUGUCAAGACCCUUUUUUCGAUGGCUGAAGCGUGCCGUGAAUCAGCUAUAGCUUAGGAGCCUUGUACAAAAGUUGUCUUUGGAGUUAUUUUCUCUUCGAUCAAUGACAACAAGAAACUGAGUAAUUUUUCUUCAGACUUUAAAGACAUUUUUACAAAAAUUUCAGAAUAUGUGUUUACGGUUUCAAAAAAGAUUAUUAUGAAACGAAACGAUUUAACACUUAAAAAACCAGAAAGACUCAGAAUGAGGACUCACUUUUGUACUGCAUUUUCAGUUUUUGCUUCUUCUACUGAGAAGAAAGAUCAUUAAAUCUCAAAAAAAUUUCAAGGGUCACAAAAUUCAUUGAAAACCGAUGAAAUACACAAUUCUGAAAGUUUAACGCUUUCUUUUCAAAAAACUCGGGAGUUGGAAGGUCUCAGAAGUUUUUCUGGUUUAUCAGAGAUUGAUCAAGAAAGUUUGGAGAGGAAACUGUAUAAAUCAUUGAAAAAAGUAAUUUUUGUGAAAUUUGCUUACGUUAGAUCUGACAGAAUUUACAUUUAUUUCCUCCAGUCCUGCAUCGUUCACACGAAGAAUCGCCGCAGAAUUGAUCGAUGGAAUUUUCUGUUUGGCCCUCAAAGUCCUGCUCUUGUUUUUCUUGGCCUACCUAGAGCUUUUGUGAGUUUAAAAAGGAAGACCAUGUUUCAUGAAAACUUUCAGCGAUUUGGGUGACUACGACAAAGUAAUCGACCCUGAAACUAACGACAUAGUGUUCGUCGAUUUCAUUGUCCUUACCCAAGCUCUCUUUCCUCUGGAAGUUUUCUGCAAAAUCUUUUGCAGUUUUCUCGAGGUUAGUUUCAUGGGCUUAUCUCUUUUCAAAGUUUUUUUGUUUUUCAGGCGUUCGUUAUGGCGUAUGACAUAGGCUUCUUGGCCAACGGUCAGACGCCUGGGAAGUACUGUAUGGGAAUAAGAGUGAUCGAAGCCUUCUUUGUGCAUGACGUCACGAUGACAUCAGAAAACGUCCGUGUCAAUGGACCACGCCCGAUCAGCCUCAAAAGGUUUAACUCUUGGAUUUUUAUUAGUUUGGCUGAAUUUUUCAAGUUGGUUCGGUUUUUUUAUGUUUUGGAGCUUUCUCUGAAUGAACACUUUUUAGAAGCCGGUCACUAAAAAAAACUUGUUUUUAAAAAAAUUAUCAAUUUUUUUGAGUUUACUUGAAGUAAUCUUUCGAAAAACAAUCCGAACCUUUUUUUAAGAUUCGACAAUAUUUGGAAAAAUUAGUAAGUCAAACGAGAAGGUCAAAUUUUUUAAGCUGAAAUUUUUGAAGCAAUUUUUUUGAAAAAUCAAACCUCGAAGUUAAAAAAAAAUUCCAGCAUCGGGUGUGUUGAAAGAUUAAACUUUGAGGAAUUUCGAAUAAAAGCUAAUCCAUGUUUUUUAAACUUCUUCAAGCAGUUGAAAGGUUCAAAACACAGUAUCCGAAUUUCAGAAUAAUUAGGUCUUAUUCUACGGUUAACAAAACCUUUAUUCUCUGAUUUUUUUUUCUUACCAGUGAAAAAUUUGGAUUGAUCAAUUACAUAGUCACUCUCAAUAACAAUAUUCAGCUGCCUGCUCCGCUCACUGGUGAAGAACAUUGUGGUGAACGGCCUGUUCCCCUUGACAACUUUUGCCUUCACGUUCCCUUUCAACCGCUUCUUCUACGACAUGAUGUGCUCAACAGUCGUUGUGUGCGUUUAA